AUGAAAACCAUUAAAAAAUGUGAAUAGCAAUAUAAUAUUUCUAUCUCAGUCAAAAAAAGUGACAAUGACUAAAACUCUGUGAGCUCCCUAUCUUAAUAAUUCAGUUCUUUAUAAGUCACAAAUAAUUCCAAAGGAUAUCAAUGGUAUUACAAGGUAAACCCUAGCGAUUCAAAUUAUGGGGAUAGACAUGAUAAAGUAAAUAAUCUUUUUGCAUUUGAUACUCAUUAAAAUGAUCAAAUUGAAGCUCAUUACAAAAAAUGUUGCUCUAACAAGACCUUUGGCGAAUAUACUUUCAUAACGGGUGAUUAAAACUAAGUUCAAAAUGGUUUCAAGUAUGCUGUAUGGGGAUCCAGUAGUGAUUCAACUCAAUGGUAUGAGAUGAAUCUUAAAUUCUUAACCAAAAGGCAACUGAUGAGAAGAUAAGGAAGCUAAAUUCAUACUGUUUCAACUGUUUUGAUGCCAUCAACUUAGAGCAACAAAAAUUUCUAAAAAUAAGUUUAUCAGGUUACUGGAACAUAAACAUAAAUAUCAAACUUUGAAAAACAACUUUAGGCAUUCUACGAUAACCCUGUGAACCAUAAUACUACAAUAGUACUUAAGCACUACCCCAAUUGUUUAAAUAAUAAAGUUCUUCUUAAUGAAUUGUAAAAAUUAGCUACAAAUCAGUUCAGAACUUCGUUUGAGAUAAAUGAUGCAAACAUAAUUAAAAUUACUGGAGAAAACUACUAUGAAGCAAAAUAAAGAAUUUUAGAAAUAAUUGAUUUCGCUAAUAAGUUUGUCGUUCCUCCAACAUGGGAAAAUUUCUCAAAGAUGACUGAUACUAAUCUCUUAGUAUGCUCGAUUAAAAGGGAUUCAAAUGAAUGGACAGAGAUUGAAAACUAGUUUAAACAGACUAUGUCAAGUUACAAAAUUCAGAACAUAGAGAGAAUUCAGAAUAAAAGACUUUGGCGAGUAUUCACUGUCGAAAAUCAGGAUGUUGCUGAUCGAAAUAAUUAGAAUUCUGCCCAAACUCUAAUGCUGUAUCAUGGUACAGGCUAAAACAGUCCUAAAUUAAUAUAUGAUGGUGAAGAAGGUUUUGAUAUGCGGUACUCCAAUGAAGGAAUGUGGGGCAAAGCAAAUUACUUUGCUUAAAAUGCAUCCUACAGUCAUGGGUAUCGUCAUAAAAUCUAAAAUAGAACAUAUUAGAUGUUCUUUGCAAGAGUCACUGUUGGCUAAAAUAUCAAACUUGAAUCUGACACAACCCUUAAGAUGCCACCUAUGAAUGGAAAUUAAUCAAAGCGAUAUGAUAGUGUUUAAGGAUAUACGAAGGGAUCAAAUGUAUUUAUGAUUUAUGCAAAUAAAAAAGCUUAUCCAGAAUAUUUGAUAACCUACUACAGAUGA